GUUGUUUCCAUGGAGAGUGGUUCAUUUGAUCAUGAAAUUGAACAUGAUCUUCAUCAUGAUUAUACGAAGGUCGAAGAAGAGAAAGAAGAGGAGGAAGACGAAGAAAUAGGAGAAGAUUCUCUUGAAGAGAUUGACUAUGAUGUUCAUCAAAAUGGAGGAAAAAUUGAUGAAACUGAAACAGAGGACUCUGUUUUCAUGGAGAAUAUCUCUGAUUUUAUUGAAGAUGGUAACAAAAUAGAUGAAAACGAUACAGAAGGGUAUAUUGUGAAGGAUGAUGAGUUUGAGAUUCAUGAUAUUUAUGAGAAAAUGGAUGAAAUCGAAUCACAAUUAUCGGUUUUCGGUGAUGAGGGUUUCGAUGUUCAUGGUGAUAAUAAAAUGGAAGAAGAAACAGAACAAAAAACAGAGGACUCUGUUUUAGUGGAGAGUGACACAAAAACAAUAGCCACAAGUAAGUAUGAAUACUCAUCAGAGAAAGAUAUGAGUGGUUUCGUAGAAGAACCGAUGACAUUUCGAUUCAGUUUUCGAGAGUUCUUCACGAGUCCGAAUAUUUCAUCCAUUUCCAAUAAUGUGCACAAAGAGUUUUCAAACAUUGAUUCAGAUAAAGACUUUGUAACUGAAAAAGAAGAGCAAAAAGAAGAUCAUAUUCAUUCGACCGAUAAACAGAUUCCUUUCGAGGGCGAGGUGUUUGGUGGAAUUGAUUCAUCUGAUGAAGACUAUUUCAUUUUCAAUGAAAAUUCAGUGACAUCUGAUUCUGAGUCAGAAUCAUCUAGCUCAAGUGGUUUGAUUUGGAGCAAUGGCAACAUCAACAAAAUUGAUGAUUCAUUUAGCUAUGACUUUCUUGGUAGCGAAAAAUUUGAGUCGGAGAUUCUAAAAUUGAUGAUGAGAGAUGAAAGAAAAGGAGGUGUGGAGGAAAACCCAUCUUCAUUUGAUGAUAAAGUUUCAAACUUUGAGGUUUUUUCUGAAAAUGAGUAUAUAGAAAUGGAACCUAACAUGAAGGGUUUGAAAGCCUUUAUAGAACAUGGUUUGAACUUUGAAGUGAAAGAUGAAAAACAAGGUAUGAAGAAAAGUGAAGAAGCUAAGUGUGAAGAAGAAUUGAAUGAAUCAGAAUCUGAUGAAGAUGAAGAUGAUUUUGAAUGGGAGCAUGAAGAUAUAGUGGAGCAAUUGAAGUUGGAAUUGAAGAAUUCAAGACAAGGUGGACUUGCCACAAUCAUUGAAGAAGUUGAAGAUGAAGAUGAACAAGAACAAGAAGUAAAAGAGUCACCAAAAGUGGUUCAAGAAUUGAAACCAAUGAAAAUUGAAGUGAAGUUACUUGAAUUCAAGGAUCAAAUGAAUGAGAUUCAAAAAGUUUACAACAACUAUGCAGAGAAAAUGAAGAAACUUGAUAUCUUGAAUUAUCAAACCAUGCACGCAUUAGGUCUUCUUCAACUAAAAGACCCUCUUAAGUUAAUCUCAUUACCAAAAUCCACCAUCUCAAAUGCUAUAAUCUCACAAAAUUUAUGGCCAAGAAAAUCAACAAAGAUCACAUCUGACCCGUUUUUGAAACUUCUUCAUCAACUUCAUAGAGAUUUGGAAUUGGUGUAUGUUGGACAAGCUUGUCUCUCAUGGGAAAUUCUAUGUUGGCAACACAUGAAAGCUAUUGAGUUGCAACAAUAUGAUUCACAAGGACCUCAUAACCAUAGGUAUAACCAUGUUGCUGGUGAAUUUCAACUUUUUCAAGUAUUGAUGCAAAGGUUCAUAGAGAAUGAACCUUUUCAAAGUGGACCAAGGGUACAAAACUAUGUCAAAAACCGUUGCGUGAUCAGAAACUUGCUUCAUGUGCCUGAUAUAAAAGAUGAUAGUAAAGGGGGCGAGGAAGAUCCUAUCGCAAGUGGAAGGUUGGAAGAUAUUAUAAAGGAAUCAAUGCGAGUGUUUUGGGAAUUUAUUCGAGCGGAUAAAGAUAAUGGGAAUGUGAAUGUGAUUUCUAUGCAUAUUGGAAAUGAUCUCAAAGACCCUUCAAUUUCAAAUCUUCUAGUGGACAUUAGAACACAACUACAAAAGAAGGAUAAAAAGCUGAAAGACAUAAUAAGAACUGGAAAUUGCAUAGUGAAGAAGUUCCAAAAGCACCAUGAGGAUCAACUUGAUCAUGAACAACUAGUUGCACAAGUUGGGUUGAGAUUGAUUUCAAGAGUGAUAAACAUGUCACAAUUAAGAAAAGAACAAGUACUAUGGUGUAGUGAAAAGUUGAACCGAAUCAAAUUCUUAAGCAGGAAGGUUGUUCAUGUUGAACCUUCUUUUUUGCUUUUUCCAUGUUGAUUCAACCAACUUAGAUGCAUACUUUUUUUUUCUUUUUACAUAAAAUGGUAUACUAGCUUAAGUAGAAAUUCUCAGCUUUUGUAUUAUUGUA